GAGCGUGUUUAUUUCUUGUUAGUUUGAGAGAUGCUUUUUAGCGAAUAACUCCAUCGUUAAAAUCCCUAGAAAGUCAGAUAAAAUUGUUUUAUUAGCGAGAAUCCUUGAUUAUGGAAGUGCUUGUUAAAGUUUUCGACGCGCUCGACGCCAGUGAGCAUGGCUCUCGAGUGAACAUAGGAGCAGUGGUCGACGCCCUUUUUCCCGACGUGGAAUCGUUGACAUCGUGCGUGGACUCAGUGAUAGGAAAGUGCAGUGAACGUCUGAAAGAGAUCCGACUCGAUCUGAAGGCCGCUGUGUUUCGUGAGCUGGAAAGGCCAGCUGGUGAUCCAAAAGCCGAGUUGCUUCGUGCUCGUGCAGAAUUGGCGAGAGCGCUUGAAACGCACAGAGGAACCAAAGCCAUUGCGGAGGACUUGCAGAAAAGUUGCACCGCAAUUCGCGACGAUGAGGAAAGCGUGAAUCUUCGCGUUGGGAUCGAGAAGCUCAACACGGCCUUGAAAACGCUGAUCGGGAUUCGCUCGCUCGUGGCUGGCCUCAAUUCCCUCUGGUUCAUGCUUGCCGAAGGAGACGUUCGGGGGAUGAAGCUGGGUUUGGAUGGCUUGAAGAAAACGCUGGAUGGCUUCGAGUCUUACAAAAUGGACACGAUGGCGAAGCAUUAUUUCAGCGAUUACGAAAUCAUGACUGCGAAAGUAGGAGAGAAGGUGCAGGAAGAAUUUUUGAAUGCUGUGAAGCAUUGCGCGUCUAUCGAGCCUGAUAUCGAAAAACUCGGAUGGGGAUGUCGACUGAUAGACGAUUGCCUGAAUGGGACUAUCCGAGAUAAUGUCAUCAUCACCGUUUGUGACCACAUGCUCAUGGAUUACGAACGUUUGUUUGCUGAUCGCGAAAAGGGCUGGUUGGACGAAAUUGAACAGCGGUUUUUAUGGUUCCAUCAAUGCGCGAACAGGUACAACGCGAAAUGGUCCAAGAUUUUUCCGGAGGCGUGGCGAGUUCCUCCCACUUUGGCGAAACGGUUUUGUUGUUUGACUUGUACCCAACUCGAGGGAAUCAUGUCGGCGCGGAAAUCGGAUCUCAGUUCACGCCUUCUCGUCGAGUCUGUGCGGAAAUGCAUCGGGUUUCACAGGUAUUUGCAUGCCCGAUUUAUCGACGAAGUUGAGGAAUUUCCGGGCAAUGAUUGCUCCGCUUGGGAAGAGGACUCGAAACUUCCGCCUGUUCCGGAAAAUUCGCCUUUCCAGGCAGCCAUCACGAAAUGCUUCAUUCCGUUUUUCUACGUUUAUGUUGACCGCCAAGACCUUGAGCUCCAAGCACGCAUGAGGUCGUAUGCUGAUCUAGUUUUGCGCAAAGGAUUUCCCUUGACCAAGACGGAAAAUACCGCGUCAUCGUGCGUUCAUCCUUCGGCAGUUGACCUUUUCUUAUUUUUUCGACGUGCUUUGGCGCAAUGCUCGCAGGUCACCCAAGGUCAAAAUAUGUUUGCCUUGAGUUCCGUUUUCCAACGGCAUCUGCGGGAUUAUGCUGAAAAGGUCUUGAUGCCCCAGUUACCCGUCAAAGAAAAAUCAAUGACGACUUCGAGCAGUUCCCGACCUUCGGGAUUGCAAGCAUCUCUGAUGGAGUCCAGUCGUUUGUCGGCGAAUCUAGUCAUGAAUAUUCAAAAUCUUGUUAAAGACACUUCUGUCGGAGAAUCGCUCUUUGGGCCUAAAGAAGUCUGCGAUUCUGAAGCCGAGAAAAUCCCGAGUUUCGACGUUUCUCGGGUUUGCUGUAUUUUGUGCACUGCGGAGUACUGUUUGGAAACUUGCAGUCAGUUGGAAGGGAAGAUCAAAGAAAUGCUGGAACCGAGUUAUACAGAAAACGUCAAUUAUUCCGCCGAAACCAAGUGCUUCAACUCUGUCAUUUCCGAUUCGGUUGAUAUUUUAGUUGAAGAAUUUGUUCGUCGUUGCGAACAAGUGUUUGCCAGAACAUUCCGUUCCCAAGAAUCGAAGCGGAAUGCUUCACGAAGCAUUGGCGAAGAGUUGGCAAAAGCUAUAGGCGAAGAUGUUCACACCGUCCGCGAAUUACUCUCGUCCUCUCGUCGAUUUUUCAUCAAUUUCUUGGCAAAAUUUGUUGCGCAAGUGAUACCGGAAUUCAUCCGGGAUCUGUUUAUUGUUGACCGCGACGAAAUGGAGAAGCAGGUGGAAAGCGUGCGAAGUUUUUUGAUGAGUUUGCCGAACUACGGAGAUGACUGUGGUGUUUCAGCUCCUGCAUCCUACAUUCAUGGUGUGAAUUCAGGAUUGAAGAGAGCUGAGAUCAUAGUUAUGAUGGCCAAAAUGCAGAUGACAGACGAUAUACGAAGAUUCGUGAGGAGCUACAUCAGCUUCUCAGGCGAUACUUGUAAUGCUGCGGAUUUUCAGAAAAUUCUGGAACUGAAGGGCCUCAACAUGUGGCAGCGGAACAGGGUAAUGAACAAUUUCAAACUUCUCUCGGCGAAUAUCCUCAAACGAAGAGUUCUUCCUGAAAGCGCACUCGUGAAGAUCAUCUCGUAUUCCUCGAAUGAUGCCUUUGAAGAAUCGGACUUACCCGAGCGAGAGAAGAAAUUGCAAGAGCAAGCCAAGCUAAGAGGUGCGGAAAUUGCUUCGAAAGCCUCAUGGCUCAAAGAACUCGAAUCAUUUCCGCAGGUUCCAAGUGGGCCCAUGUCUCAUGCCCGACGUUUCUUCGCCGCAUCUGUCAAACGAAGUUAUUGUCCAAUUCCUUCGUUUGCACCAGCAAAAAACAUGGAGAACAAGAAAGUUAAACCCGAGGGGGUUUAUUUUGACUGGGAAUACAAUUUGAGUCCUGAUAAAAUGGAGGCAGUCCUAGAUGAUCUAAUGGCGAGAGUUCGGGCGAAAUACGAUGAAGUCGCUAAGGUCAAGCCAGAGGAGGCGAAUCAAGAUAAUGUCUUGAAAGCUUUAGACGACAUUGACAAUUUAGCAGGAAUGGAAUACUACCCCAUCAUGGCUGCCAAUCAUUUUGCUGUAAGCCCAGGGCAUACCAAAGUUUCUGCCGAAUGUGCGAAAAAGUGGAAUGAUUUCGAAGUUGAAAUGAGUAUGAGAAGAGACAUUUUCGACGUACUGGUCGCUUUCAAUGCAAAACUCGACAAACUAGUUCUGAGUCCCGAAGCAAAGCGUUUCCUGGAAAAGUUGAUAUUUGACGGGAAGCGACAUGGUUUACACUUGGUUCAAGAAGAUCGAGAUAAAAUGGAAAAGCUUCAGAAGGAACUCGCGAAGCUGAAACUAGAUUUUCGAAGAAAUCUAGACGAAAAUGACACUGUCAUGCAUUUAAAGAAGGAAGAACUCGAUGGGGUUCCCGCAGUUACGUUGGACACCAUGGAGAAGACGCCAGAUGGGUUGUACAUCGUGACGAUGAAUAAUCCGCAUGUUAGACCUAUUUUAAGAAGCUGUACAGUGGCAGAAACCCGGAAGAAAGUGCUUCGCACCAAUUUUUCAAGGUGCUCCGAGGCGAACGGACCGAUUUUGCAGAGAAUGUUGAAACUUCGUCACGAAAAAGCGCAGUUACUGGGCUACAAAACGCAUGCCGACUUUGUGCUGGAGAAUAGGAUGGCCAAAACUGCGAGUAAAGUUGAUGACUUUUUGCAAAACCUUGUUUGUGACCUGGAUCCCUUGUGGAAGAAAGAGCAGAGGAAUUGGCUCCGAUUGAGACAGCGGCUUCCCAAGACGAACGAAAUGCCGGGAAGAAUUGAUGUCUUGGGCUCUCUUGAUGAGACCGACUCAAUGGAAGACGAAUGCCAGAGUUCCGAACCCAUCGCUGACUGGGAUUACAGCUUUUUGCUGAACUUGUCCAACCAGAAACAGUAUCAUGUGGACCACAAGUUGAUACAAGAAUAUUUCCAAUCCGACCUCGUUGUACCCGGAGUCUUGAGAAUUUUUGAGACUAUCCUCGGACUCAAGUUCUCCCACGUGCCCGACGCUCCGGUUUGGCACAAAAGCGUGAAUAUGUAUGAAGUGAAAGACGCUGCCACGAAUCAGAGAAUGGGAUACUUUUUCUUGGAUUUAUAUCCGAGAGAUGGCAAAUACGGACAUGCUGCAAUGUUCGAACUGCAGCCGCAUUGGACAACACCGGAUAACAAGAUCAUGCAGCCCAUUUGCGCUGUUGUGUCAAAUUUCACUCCGCCCACUGCAAACCUGCCAUCUCUUUUAACUCAUGGAGAGGUUACUACUUUCUUCCACGAAUUUGGACACGUCAUGCAUGAAAUUUGUCGGCGAAACAAGUUCUACGCCUUUGGUUUGAACGGAGUGGAUACAGACUUCGUGGAAGCGCCUUCACAAAUGCUCGAGAAUUGGGCAUGGGAGCCUAAAAUCAUUAAGGAUCUCUCCAAACACUAUCAGACCGGAAAACAAAUGCCAGACCACAUCAUCCGAAGCCUCGUCAAGUCACAUUCUGCAAAUGCUGGCGGACUUACGUUGCGACAAAUAUUGCUUUCGCGUCUCGACCAGGAGAUUCAUUUUGGUGACGGAUCAGUGAAUGCUGAGAAAGUCCACAGAGAUUUGCAGAAAGUCCUCCUGGGCAUUGAACCGUUAGAAGGGACGAACUUUCCCGCGCAUUUCGGCCAUUUGGCCGGCGGAUACGAUGCAUCUUACUACGGUUAUCUGUGGAGUGAAGUUUUCAGUGCGGAUAUGUACGAAUCAACAUUCAAGCAGGAAGGCAUGAUGAACCCUGAAACUGGAAUGCGGUAUAGGAAGACCAUUCUCGAACCCGGUGGCGCCCGAGAUCCUCAGGACAUGUUAAAGGAAUUCCUUGGCCGCGAACCCUCCGACAGGGCGUUUCUGAAGUCGAAAGGAAUUAUUCGCUGAAAUUUUUUCUUACAAUUUGGUUCUUUUGAAAGGCUUUAUUUUCGUAUAUGAAAACAUUGUUUUGUUGGCUGGGCCAGAUUUAAAUGAAAAGAAUAAUCCGUAGUAUUUCCCGCCAAUAGAAUUCCAUCGCGUGUCACGGUAAUUAUCGCAAAGGGGAAAAAUCGGUAUUUUUCGUCAAGUGUGAAGCAGGCAGAAUGCAUUCAAAUGUAUCGUGAAUAAACAAAGAAAGAAAUAUAUGAAUAACUUUCUCAUGCCGCA